CAUCUGCUGCCAGUUAUGGAAGUUGAAAUUGCUGCAUUGGUUGUUGACAAUGGUUCAGGCAUGUGCAAAGCGGGAUUCGCUGGAGAUGAUGCUCCCAGAGCUGUCUUCCCAUCCAUUGUUGGUCGCCCAAGGCACCAGGGUGUGAUGGUUGGUAUGGGACAAAAAGACAGCUAUGUUGGUGAUGAGGCACAGAGCAAAAGAGGAAUCCUGACUCUGAAGUACCCAAUUGAGCAUGGCAUUGUUACAAACUGGGAUGACAUGGAGAAAAUCUGGCAUCAUACCUUCUACAAUGAGCUACGUGUAGCACCUGAAGAGCACCCUGUCCUACUUACUGAGGCUCCUCUGAACCCCAAAGCCAACAGAGAAAAAAUGACACAGAUAAUGUUUGAGACCUUCAACACUCCUGCCAUGUAUGUGGCCAUCCAGGCUGUGCUGUCCCUGUAUGCCUCUGGGCGCACCACUGGCAUUGUGAUGGACUCUGGUGAUGGUGUCACCCACACCGUGCCUAUCUAUGAAGGUUAUGCCUUGCCCCAUGCCAUUCUUCGUCUGGACUUAGCUGGUCGUGACCUGACUGAUUUUCUCAUAAAGCUCCUGACUGAAAGAGGCUUCAGCUUCACCACCACAGCAGAAAGAGAAAUUGUCCGAGACAUCAAGGAGAAGCUCUGUUAUGUUGCCCUAGACUUUGAGCAGGAGAUGGCCACUGCUGCUUCUUCCUCCUCUCUUGAGAAGACCUAUGAGCUGCCUGAUGGUCAAGUCAUCACCAUUGGAAAUCAGAGGUUCAGAUGCCCUGAAGCUGUCUUCCAGCCAGCCUUCUUGGGAAUGGAAACUUGUGGUAUCCAUGAGACCACCUUCAACUCCAUUAUGAAGUGUGAUGUGGACAUCCGUAAGGAUCUUUAUGCCAACACAGUGCUGUCUGGUGGCACCACAAUGUAUCCUGGCAUUGCAGAUAGAAUGCAGAAAGAGAUCACUGCGCUGGCACCUAGCUCAAUGAAAAUCAAGAUCAUUGCCCCACCUGAGCGCAAAUACUCAGUGUGGAUUGGAGGCUCCAUCCUGGCCUCUCUGUCCACCUUCCAGCAGAUGUGGAUCAGCAAACAAGAGUAUGAUGAGUCAGGCCCUGGUAUAGUCCACCGCAAAUGCUUCUGA